AUGUACCCAAAGAAUGCCAAAGCAUUCGAAGAAGUUUCUUUGAAUGUAAGAGAGGAUUGCUGGACAUGCGAAAUCGAUUUAGAGGCAACAAGUUAUAGUCUAAGAAUACCGAAAUUAGUAGAGAAGCUUCUUUUAUUUCAAUAUACAUCGGUUCAGAAUUGUUAUAUUGAGGUUUUAUCAUGUGAGAUUGUUCGUGUUAUGGCAGAAGCUUUCAUUGGCUUGAGUGUGCAUGUUGAACUUGGUAAUGGCUCCUCGUUGGAAGGAACCGUAUCUCAUAUCGAUUCUCACACACAAUUGUUAACUCUUAAAAACGUAAAACUUUUCAACAACGGUCGCACCCAACAACUCGCUAUAUAUGGAGUAGCUGGCACAGAUAUUAAAGAUCUUCAAAUACUUGCUUCGAACCCAUUAAACCAGUCGAAUAUCUCUCAACAGCGACAAAUACAAACUCCUUAUAAUAAUGCAAUAAAUCUAGAAACUGCUAAACUACCUUCACAAAACUCCAUCUCUACUCCAAAUAAUGCUACGAAAUACGAAACGAUUCAAAACCAACUGCACUCCUCUAGCCUAUUAUCGAGGUCGCCUUUUACAGAUCCUGCAAUUAUUUCGCCAAUUCAUUCUCAACAAACUUUAUCUGGCUCACGAACACCCUCAAAAACAACUCAAACGGGCUCAACAAUAGAUAGUGAUUCUAAAGGUGAUGAAGAGGAACUUAUGAAAACAUCUAACGGUAAUCAUCACAAUGGUGGUGAAUCGAGCGGUGCCGAAUCUGGAAGUUUGACAUACGAUCAAAAAAAGGCAACAAGAAGGAGAAAGAAUCAUAAUACAAACGGACAUUAUCAAAGUUCACGAACGCCUCAAUCUCCUGCAAGACGGUCCAGACGUGGCCGUAGACAAACUCAUGAGUGGGCUGGAGGAGAUGUUAACGAUUUUAAAUCGAAAGACUUUGAUUUUCAAGGCAACUUAGACUUAUUUGAUAAAGAAAAAGUAUUUGCAGAAAUUAGAGAACUGGACUCCACAGCGCCAGAAAAUCUUCUUGUCAAUAUCAAUCGUAAUCCAAAUUUUCGUACAAAUGGUCGUAAUGGUGGCUCUCAAUUAAAUCAGGCUACGUUACCCAAGCUAGCAUCUCAUGAGAACAAGAAAAAAGCUAAUGGCGUUGGCGAUCAUAGGAAAGUUAAAAUAAGGACAUUAACUGGUGUUUCGUGUCCUACUGUUCAACCUGUUCAAAUGGUUGAAGUUGAAAGGAUUGCUGCGACAGAAACUGGUCCGAAUGAAGAUCAAAUGAUUGAAAAUGCCGGUAGGGGAGCUUCUAUGAUGUGCCUACAGGCACUUGGUGGAUCACGGCGCAUACAACCACAUAACCAUAAUGCUGCUCCAUUAGUUGUGAUACUUGCUGGUAAUAAUAAAACUGGUGCAUAUGGUCUUGCUACCGCCCGGCAUUUAGCAAAUCAUGGGUGCCAUGUGAUUGCAUGCGUUGUCGGAAAAGAUAAAGACUUACUCAAAAGUGUUGUCUAUCAACAAAAGAUUCUACAUCCAACUGGUGGAAGAUCUGUUAAAGCUGUGUCAGAACUGCCACAACAAUUCACCAACCCUGUUGAUCUUAUUGUCGACGCCCUACUAGGCUAUCAAUUCACUUUAAGAGAUAUAGUUGAUGAAUAUGAAAAACACUUGAUAUGCGAAUUGAUUGAUUGGGCUAACGUUAAUAAAGCGCCUGUUCUAAGUUUAGAUAUGCCAAGUGGUGUGAAUGGAAAUACAGGUAAUCCUAGUAAUCCCGUUCAUUAUAUUCAUCCCAAAUGGACGUUGUGUCUUGGUGCGCCUAAAAGUGGGUGUAAAUCCCGUGCUGUUACUGGUGAACUAUUUUUAGCUGAUAUCGGUAUUCCACGAGUUUGUUGGAAAAAAAUCGGAGUUAAAGGGUGGG